UGGAUAUUUUGUGUCUUUGAGAGCGAAUGCUGCUGAAUUUUUUCUACUGAAUAAUUUGUCUGGAGAAUACGAGUACUCGCCUACUAUUGCACGUCACCAAGUAUUACUGUAUUUUAAUGAAAAUUUUAGUGCACUUUUCCAAGUGCAGUGUCACUUAGUACUAGUACACCACAAAUAUGUGUUUACAAUUCUUAGCCAAAUUGAUGCCCAAACAUUUUACUGUUUAGACUGAUGCUAUUAUCAGCGCGUUCGUAUAUAUUUCGCAUCAAAUCGAAAUAACGAAAAAGCGUCUAUGAGUAUAAAUAAUUUGGCAGGUGUGCUCAGCGAUAACGUUUGAACGCUAUACGAGAUAAGAAUCUCAUUACGACUUACCAUAUUUUUAGUUUAUAAAUGAUCACACUCUACCGGUGAUGAAGUCAGUUAGGAGCUUACUCCAGCCGUGAGUGGACGUCGAUCUUAUCAGCAGCAAAGUGGCGUGCAGUAAAAAGCGCUAUACCCUUCACAGGCGUGAUCAACUUGGAUUUGAACGAUCUCGUUUCGCGGUGUCCAUUGCCAUACCGUGACAGUUCGGUAUAAAGCUAGGUGCGGCUGAACAGCGCUAACAGGUUCCUUUGUGGCUAGCCGAAUUCGGCCAGACUCGCGUAGUGAUUCAUUUAUUGUUUUACAUACAUACCGGUUAUAUUUUCUAGAUACAUGCUACGCGAUUUCGCAAACCAGAUCAACAUGAAUAUUUCAAAAAUGCCUGCCGAGACACCUACAUCGGAUUUAGGCUUCGGCGACAAG